GCCUACAUCAAUCAGCCACCUUCAAUUGAGUUCAUUUGAAUAUCGACUGACUCGUAUCGAACUACCCAGCUUCUGCAUCUUUGAAACAACUACUCCAAUCCCCAUCUAAAACGCCCACCGCGAUCCAGACCGUACCGCACACUGUCUUGUCUCGACUUGUCUUGUCUUACCUUGUCUUAUCGCCUCUCUCGUCUCCGGAUUUAAAUCAUGCCCGCGAAGAAAGCUACCAACGGCGUAGCUUCUACGCAAUCUACCGCCACUCCGCACCGCUUCGAGCUACCCGCUCUAGACUUGAAGUUCGGCUCACUGACCGAUGGAACCGAUAUCCCGCCGCCCCUACCGUCUCCCAAGGACGAAGAAUUGCCCCCGCCACCCAAGGUAGCUACGAAAGAGGGACGGGAAGUGGAAAGUCAGCAGCCCAAGGCUGAGGCAAAUGGGACUACCAACGGUACUUCCCCCCGCAAACCUGAUGUCAUUGUCACAACUAAAGUCGGCGUCAAACGCUCGGCAGACGACGUCCCCCUAUCGCCGGCCCUAUCGAGUCGAGGCAGCCUCCGCCGCCUCAUUAGCAAAACGUUUUUGAAUCAUGCUUACGAUGAACAAGGGUCCACCACUACGGGACAGCAGAACAUGUCUAGGCCUCCGAGCCGUACCGCCAGUGUGCUGGCCGAAGAGAAGAAGGCGAAGCGUAGCAGCGGCUGGUUUAGAAGGUUACGGUCUCACGACAGUACGGGUGACGACAAGUCAACUCAUUCACAACCGCAAUUUGAAAGCCUCAACAAAAAGCCUCUUGGUCCUCCGCCGCCCAUGAUUCCCGAAUUGAGCGCCUUGGAAACCAAGGUUGACACAAAUUUAGGCGACGAUCUCUUCAAAGGUAUUGGACGGGAUCUCUGAUGAAUGAAGAUAUCUCUCUGGUUUUGUUGAUACCCCUCAAAUCUUCCAAUCAUCAUUUGGCUGGGGAAAAAAGUCCCUCCUCGGCCUGAUGGAAUUUCUGCCGCUCUAAUACCCAGCCGGCGAGCUGUUAUAAUCUCCCGUAAUAUGGCGAUCCUCUAUCUGUUAGGACGGUUCCGUUCUGAAAGUUGGUUGAAAGGAAACAAAAGAGAUACCCCAAGCUUACUUUAUUUUUAUUUUUUCCCUGUAAGCUCGCUCAUCAUUGACUUUUUACUGCAUUCGCCAAUCUCUU